AGCUGAGGACAAAACACUUAUCAACGCAUCUCUGACGAAUUGCAGCCAGGCGCCAUGCGUCUCUGAGGGAGGUACAUUUGCAACCUUUGAAAUCACCUUCCAAUCAAGAAGAAGGGUUCGUUCCGGGAAGGCGAAACUUUGCCUGAUCGACUCACAGUCAAAGAGAUGCCUACGAGAACUUGCAGACACAAACGAUAUCUGUGACUACAUAAAACAAGGAUGUCCGCUGGAACAAGGUGGUGUAUACACAUACAAAAAGACGAUAAUUGCACCCGAUGUUCCGAUGGAAGGAGAAACAACGCAUCAACUUUAUGACGAAGAAUGCAAUGUGAUUGCGUGCAUGCAGUACAGAGCGGAGGUUCGAUCAAAGAAUAAGAACAUACCGCCACAAAUUUUUACUGAUGACAGCUAUCCAUGCGGAGGCAAAUGACAAGGCACUCACACUUAGUUAACC